UACUCAGCACCUGCACCGCACUCUACCAACCAUGAGCGACCUCCUCUCCUACAUUUCCAAGAUGUUGUGCAUCAAGGCAAGGUCCGAGGCGACGCAGGCCGGCGAGGACGGCGGCUGUCCAGUGGACGAGUGCCGCGUCUGCCUGUCGAGGAUCCGCAUCGGCGAGGCCACUCGGCGGCUGCCAUGCCGGCACGUUUUCCACCGGGUUUGCGUCGACCGCUGGCUAGUGUCCUGCAAGCGAACCUGUCCACUCUGCCGGGUGUACGUGGCCGACGAGAACAGGCAUCCGGUGUCGGCUAAGCACACCGGCCGUGAAGCAAUCGCCGACGACCUGGUGAUCUGGUUCUCCACCGUGCUCGUCCCCGGUUUCUGAUGCUAAGAUCUUCUUCGUUUUCGAUUAUUGAAGCCAUUCUUCCAUUUCUUUUUUUUUGGCAUAUACUACACAACUUUUUUUUUGCAAGUACUAUAUACACCUAUGUUAGACUAUAGAACAGCUUUGAAAAAAUUUGUGUAUUAAGGCAGGAUAGUUGCUGGUUUCAUUUUAAUGGUUGCAACCUUUGUACUGGGUGCUGCUUACUAAACGAGAGUGACUGAAUUAAGCAAUUCGAGUAAAAUUAAAUGUCGUCCAUAUUUUUGCCACUCAAUCGUUCAGUUGUAUGCACCUGAUUUCAUAUACCCCGGUAUCUGUUUUUUUCA